AGUUACUAAUUGGCUCACAGCUGUUCGAUAAGUCAUCCAAUCAAAGCAAUUUCGAAAGCAAAAGCAAUAUUUUUGUAUAUACAUGUUCAAAUUAGGAUAAUAACCAAUUAACGUUUUGAGUGUGCCCCCCGUGCGGUGGCCCAUGCAUGUAUGAGAGAGGAAGAAAGACUGCGAGCGGCGAACAUGCAGCGACCACAGGCAGAACAUAAGCACCACUUGGAGCAAAACGAGCACAAUAGCAAUAAUGGCACACGCAUCGCGGCAAGCAGCACCCAUAGCCAUGAUACAUCCGCACAGCAUGCGGUCGGAGGCGGCGGCGGGGGUUCUGUUCCCGUCCAGCCACCCAAGAGCCUAGCCCUAAGCCAGAACAACUAUGCCGCCUCGGACACGUCGGGCGAGGAGGAGUUUCUGGACUCGCGCUACGAGUGCGCCAUCUGUAUCGACUGGCUGAACGAGCCGGUGCUGACCUCGUGCGGCCACCGCUUCUGCAAGCGUUGCCUGACCGACUGGCUACAGAACCACAACCAGUGCUGCCCCCUGGACAAUAAGCAACUCUCUGCGGAGCAGGACAUCUUCCCCGACAAUUACACGCGACGCGAGAUCGAGCAGCUGAAGCACAAGUGCCCAAACUCACCGCUGGGCUGUGCCCUGAUUGCCUCCCCAAUCGAGGUGCACCGCCAUCUGCCCAGUUGUCCGUACCGACGCCAGCCGCAGCCCGAGCAGCUGGAAGAGAAGUGCCCCUUUGCCAAGAUCAAGUGCGAUUUUGUCGGUCGGCCCGAGACCAAUCAGCUGGAGGAGCACCUCAAGUCGGAUAUGCCGCAUCACAUGCAACUGAUGCUGCAGGCCUUCCAGCAGACGGCCAUCGCCACCUGGCAGCCGCAGAAGGCCAGCACCAGCGGUGGCUCGCUGGAGAAUGGCCAUGGCCAGGUGGCACCGCCGCCCCAAUACGCCAACGGGGUGGACGAGCAAAUCGUCCAGACCAUGUACCAACGAAUCGUGGUGCUGGAGCAGCGUACGCGCGAACAGGAGACGCGCAUCGAGAAUCUCAAUAAGCAGCUGCGCCUGGCACGCCAGCCGAUCGAUCCGCGCUACAGCAACGGCACCAUUGUGUGGAACAUUGGCCAUCUGGGCAGCCUGGUGUCGCGUCUGCGGGCCAAUGCCAACAAUCAGGUAUACUCGCACGAGUGCUACACCUCGCCCUAUGGCUACAAGUUCUGUGCUCGGCUGAACAUUCAGCCGCGGAAGCCGCAUGUGCUGAGCCUGCAUGUGCAUCUGAUGCAAUCGGAGAAUGACUUUCACUUGGACUGGCCCUUCAAGGGGCGCAUCAAGCUGUGCAUGGUGCAUCCGACGGACGCGAGCCAAUCGCAGCAUGACACCAUCAUGACCAAACCGGAGAUACUGGCCUUCCAUCAGCCGCGCGAGGCGAUCAGCACACGCGGCUUUGGCUUCCUCGAGUAUGCCAACAUAUCGAACAUCAUGCACUUGGGCUUCGUGGCCGAGGAUCGGCUGCUCAUCAAGAUUGAGAUCAAUUUGGUUUAAAAACUGGAAGCUGCGAACUGCAAACUGCAAACUGGAAACUGGAAACAGGGAAUUGUAUGGAACAAGUAGAAGAGAACAUUCCACAUCGAAUGGAUCAUUGCAUCUCAAUAUCCACAUAUAUACAUAUAGAUAUACCUACAUAAUCGUAUGUGUAGUGUAGCUGCAGUCGAUCAUUAAUCAGUUUAGGCGCCCCAUCUACAUAUAUCCAUAUAUAUAUAUAUAUAUGACUACUAUUCCAACUAAUCGAUAUUAUCUCUACUACUCGUAGAUCCUAGCUUAUGGUAAACCUUUUUAUUAUUUUUUUUUUGUUACCCCUUAUCGUGUCCGCCGUGUAACCGCUGUGAAACCUUGUCGUUCCCAUUUUAAAUGUAUUUCUAUGUAUCGAAUUAGUUUUUUAGCAUUCAAUUCGAUUGAUUUGUGCGAUUUGUAAACCGAGUACGUCCAUUAUUUUAAUUUUAUAGUUAAAUUCGAUUGUUUUUAUACCCCUGGAUACCCUUGAAGAAGGCAACACCCUCACCUGAACACUGCAUAAAGUACAUUUCAAUGUUCUUCCAUCCGUCCGUCUUUCUGCUUACAAUCUACAAUUCUCUUAGUUAUUUGUUCACUAGUUGGUCGUCUAUUUUCAAGGGUAUACCAAACAUCGGUGCCCCGAAGUUCUCUCUUCCUUACUGGUUAAAGCUUAUGUUAUACCCCCUAAAUCCUCUCUAGAACCUACUGCAUACAUACACAUAGCGAUAAGUUGUUCAAGAUCUACGCACAGACUGGCACAGACAGACUCUGUCUCUAGAGUCUAGACCAGGUAGCUCUCUUGAGUAGGGAACCCCGAUUAAAGGACAUUUUUGUACCGCC